AAGGUCACUCGGAAGUGUAGUCUCUCUCCACAGUAAACAUGGCGGCUGCAGCAACACCAGCAGUCCCAGAGAAAACACCGAAAUCAGCGCCUCCGGGCCCGGUGCCGUUUGACUUCUCUCAGCCCCCCGUUAUCGAGGGCUUCAACCCGCUACCGAAGAUCAGAGAUGAGACUUUCAAAGAGAAGUUUAUGAGGAAAACCAAGGAGAACCCCUUCGUCCCGAUAGGUUGUUUGGGCACAGCGGGAGCUCUGAUUUAUGGUCUCCGAGCCUUCCAUCAAGGGAAAACCAGACAGUCCCAGCUGCUGAUGAGGGGACGUAUCUUCGCUCAAGGCUUCACUGUAGUUGCCAUUAUUGUCGGCGUGCUGUCCACAGCUCUGAAACCCAAACAGUGAAGACGGAUCAGAACCGCACCCCUGCCAUGGUCCAUUCAGCCUGGAUUCAGACCAGAUCCACAUUAAAAUUGGACUGAAUGAUGUAUUAUGUUUCCAACAUUGUUCAGACACACAUGUUGAGGCCAACAUUAUUUAUUGUAAAAAACUGAACUGCUCAUGGUGAUCAAAUGUUUUUGCUUUAAGUUAGCAGAAUCGGCUCCUUACUAGAAAAUGUAAGCAAGCUGGACUUUAAACUGUGCUACAACAGUACCCCACAUAUUGUCAUGUUGUUAUUCUGUGUCACACCUAAAUGUGUCUUCUGAUAUAAAUUUUGAUUUGAACCUGGUCUCUUGUAUUUCAAACAUCACACAGCUCUAUUCCGGUGCCAUCCACUCCUCAUACAAUCUUUAUGUAACAGAAUUUAGAGAAAUUUAUUGUGAAGAGUUUUAUAUUCAUGGCUUUUAUGAGUAUGUCUCAAUGGUAGACACAGCUCAGUGUCAAGGUUCACCUUGAACACGCAUCAGACUUUCACCUGAAAACCCUUCAGGGCUUUAAAUGUCAAAUGCAACACUUUGUGAAAUCACUUCACCUAUAUGCAAAAAAUAUUAGUAUCCACUUAAGCGAGACACAUCGAGAAAAGAAAGUUAAAUUGUGACUUAAUAAAGAACCAAACACAAAACUUG